AUGAUUGCAGGAAAGGAUAUUUACAAUGUUUUAGCAGCCGUAGUUCCAUUAUAUGUAGCUAUGUUUCUAGCAUAUGGUUCAGUAAGAUGGUGGAAACUUUUCACACCGGAUCAAUGUUCUGGAAUCAAUCGCUUCGUAUCGAUUUUCGCUGUUCCUCUCCUUUCAUUUAAGUUCAUUUCUAAUAACAAUCCUUACAAGAUGAACUAUCUUUUCCUUGCUGCAGAUUCUUUACAAAAGGUGGUAGUUUUAGUUGCUCUUUUUCUGUGGAAUAUGUUCGCACCUAAUGGAAGCAUAGAAUGGGUGAUUACUGUAUUUUCUCUCUUGACGUUGCCGAACACUCUUGUGAUGGGGAUACCCCUGCUUGAAGCUAUGUAUGGUGGUGGUGAUUCAGGAGCUUUAAUGGUCCAAAUUGUUGUCUUACAAAGUAUUAUUUGGUAUACUUUGAUGUUGUUUAUGUUUGAAUAUAGAGGAGCUAAAUUGUUAAUCAGUGAACAAUUUCCCGGAACGGCUGGGUCGAUUACUUCCUUGAGGGUUGAUUCCGAUGUAUUUUCCCUUAGUGGGAGACAACCAUUACAAGCGAAUGCCGAAAUAUCUGAUGAUGGGAAACUUCAUGUUGUAGUAAGGCGUUCAACGUCCUCGAAAUCGGUCGUUUCUAUGUACGAGAACUCCUACAGGUUAAACUCGACGAGAUCGAGAGCAUCAAAUCUAACAGGAGUUGAGAUUUAUUCGGUAAAUUCAUCCAGACAACAUACACCAAACCCUUCAACCAGUUUUAAUCAAAAAGAAUUUCACGAGAUGUUUAAAAUGUCUGGUACAUAUGGGGAUACAAAUGGUUUGCAAGGUAACGGUGGAGACGCAUAUUCGCUACCAAAAUCAUCAUCAUACUUGCAUGAAAAAUUAAAGGAUGGAAACAGUAUGCGCAAUGAUAAUAAUAAUAAGAAGAAAUUUGGAGGAAGAAGUAUGAGUGGGGAGUCCUUGAACAAUGUUAAUAAUCCACCACUAAAUUUGACGUUUUCGGAUACGGCUACUGCUGUUGGCAAUAUGAACAAAGAUGUUGACAAUAACAAAGACCUUCAUAUGUUUGUUUGGAGCUCUAAUACUUCUAUCAAUUCUGCUUCAAAAGGUAUGAUCAUUCCCAUUAUCACUAUUUUUCCUAGCUAUAACAACAAUCCUGUAUAUGUCAAAGAACGCCACCAAAAUCCAUCGACAGGAGCGCAUAAUUUAGAUGACAAUGAGUAUGAAUGUUCAAACACGGAUGGAGAUCUGAAACACGUGGAUUUGGAACAAAAUGGUCCAAGUUUUCCAACAAAUGGGCCACUUUUGACAAUGCAAAAAUCGGAAGGGAAUGAGAGUAAGCAUGAAAAAUCAAUGGGUGCUCGUAAAAUGCCACCAGCAAGCGUUAUGACCAGACUCAUCUUGAUCAUGGUCUGGAGAAAGCUUAUUAGAAACCCGAAUACUUAUUCCAGUCUUAUUGGUGUCAUUUGGUCUCUCGUUUGUUUCAGGUGGGGGAUCGAAAUGCCUACAAUCAUAAAAGGAUCGGUAUCCAUAUUAUCAAAUACAGGACUCGGAAUGGCUAUGUUCAGCUUAGGUCUGUUCGUGGCAUUACAGCCUAAAGCGGUAGCUUGUGGUAUACCCAUGGCUACAUAUUCAAUGGCUGUGAGAUUUUUAGCUGGCCCAGCCAUAAUUGCAGCAACAUCCUUGGCCGUCGGUCUUCGGGGAAGACUUUUGCAUAUUUCCAUUGUUCAGGCAGCUUUGCCUCAAGCAAUAGUACCCUUUGUAUUUGCCAAAGAGUAUAAUGUUCAUCCGGACAUACUUAGCACUGGGGUUAUUUUUGGAAUGGUAUUGGCGUUACCUAUUACGAUAAUCUACUAUAUUCUUCUUGAUUUAUUAAAGUGAAGAGGUCAAAGAAAAUAAUAGAUCACAUAGCUAAUGUAAAAUAGAUCGUAUAUUACAAGGGUUGUAUUGCAUAAAGAACAUACUUUCGAAG